GUUGCAGCAGCCCGGCUCACUCACAUGCUGAUCUGCCUUCGCAUUUUUGCUGACGGUUGACUUCAAGCUAAAAUGGAGCCAUCUACCUCCUCCCGGUCCGUCAUUCCUCAAGAAAAUUUGAAGAUUUGGAAAAUAUUCCGCGACGUGGGACCCGAAGGAGAAGAAAUUUUAAAGUUGGCGAAAUUAGCACACGUCGCCAAUGAAAAGGAAGCCCUCGUCGUCACCACGGCGGACGAAACGUACUCUUUCCUCCGAGAAGACGACGGUGCGCACAAAAUCACAAACAUUCCAGAACUUUGCCGAGUCCAGGUGAAAGAAUUUGUGACUGGCUCGAUAAGCCUCGCACUAACGGAGGACGGACGACUCUUAUCCUGGUGCAAUAAUUUCACCUCAGGUGCAGAAAUGCAUCCAAAUAUUUAUGAGCAGCUGGGUCGCUUCGUUGAAGUGGAUGAGGCGACAGAUCCUAACUUUAUUGGUCGCCCAGGAACUGUGGCCGUCACACAGUGGGAGAAAGUAGUGCAGGUUGCGCUAUCUGAACUUGAACAAGGUCGCGUCGUGGCGUUAACUGCGUAUGGAGAUGUCAUUCAGUGGGGUGGCGACACCGACUCACCAGGGGGAAGGUUAAUUCCAAAUGAAGAAUUUGACUGUGAAGAGCUUAUCUGCGUCGUUUGCGGUUUUGACGGUGUGACCUUCGCGUUAAGUGUGGAUGGAGAGAUAUUUCAAUGGGACUUGGAUGUGGAUUCGCCAACAAAAUCUGACAUAUGUAACACUCCAGUUAAAAAGAUAGCGGCGACGAAGAAGUCGAUCUGCGCGUUAACUGCGGAAGGAACGGUUUACAUUUGCAGAACGGUAUCUGAAGGGAAUCCAGUAUGGGAGGUGGCGCCACAUUUCAAAAACAACGUGCAAGACAUCGCAACCUGUUGGAUGGAAAACGUUGCGGUCGUGGAGUUGAAGGAUGGGACCCAUGUCGCGUGGGAUUCUACGACUGGGACGUCGUCAUCUUUAAAAUCUGGUUCCUCGUUAGGCCAACAUUUUGCCGACCUUUGUCAAAAAAGCCACUGCACGAUUGGGAUGUCAAGUCCAAUUAGGCCAGUCGAGAAGGGCACGUUGGGUCUGGAAAUUUCCAACUUGUGGAGAACCAAGGAUGAUACCGACGUGUCAUUUUUCCUGGACGGUAAAACCAUCACGGCGCACAAAUUGAUACUGAAAUCGAGAAGUGAUUAUUUCGCGAAAAUGUUUAGCAACGAGUGGAAGGAAACUAUGGCAGGAUCCGUGAUUGAGAUCAAGGACACAAAACACGCCACGUUUGAAGCCUUCCUCUUCUACCUGUAUCACGACAGGGUCAACUUUUCGGAGGAUGAGUACGAAAGCAUUUUUGAGCUCAUGAAAUUAGCGGAUUCUUACGGCGCCACCAACGUUGCGCGAGACUGUGAGAAGAUUCUGAUCCGCGGGAUUGACACGGAAAAUGCGUUUUUUCUCGCUCGAAACGCUUCCUCUGCGAAUGCUCUGAUUUUAGAGGCGCAGGUGGUCCAAUAAAUUGUACGGUAUGUAUCCCAUCUCAACUUAAAGAAUAUGUCGACCCAGCAGCUGAUUGAGUUGAUUGGUCAGGAAGCCUUCAACAAAGUGGCGAUGGUGUUUGUUUGGCGUUUCGCCUCUUUUUAGGUGGCAAUUGAGAGAUGAUUAAAAUAAAGUAGAAUCAUGUAUUAUUUUACAACAUGAUUAAGAAGUUGAUAAUAAAGUAAUGAUUGUUACAGUUUAAUAAAAAUGAAAAUAAUAGUA